GAACCUUGCGUGUAGGGUUGCCGCCACCAUGGCCUCCUCCGCCUCCGACAUCGCCCUCAAGGCCGCCUUCGACGGCAACCUCCGCCUCCUCAAGAAAAUGGCGAAGAAGGUAGACCUGCGGGGAGCCAAGGACGCGAAAGGGGAUACCGUGCUUCACUUCGCUGCGCGCAAGGGCUGCCUGCAGAUCUACCGCUUCCUCGUGGAGGAAUCUGGGCUCGAUGUCAACACAUUGUCAAAAACAGGUGCCACGCCGAUGGACUACGCCGCGUUUGCGGGGAAUGUCCAAGUUAUGAGGUACCUUAUCGACCAUGGCGCUGACCCUGCCAUCGCCGACCAGAGGGGCACGACGCCGCUGCAUAGUGCAGCAGAGGAAGGGCACUGCGAAGCUGUCAGGCUAUUGCUGUCCAAAGGAGUUCCCGUGGAUCCUGUUGAUCAUCAGGGAGCGCCAUUACACCUGGCGAUUGCAAAGGACCGUCCUGAGGUUGUGAAGCUUCUGCUGGAGCAUGGUGCUGAUCCAAACAAAGUGGUCAAUCAAAUCCUUUCACCACUUGUGAUGUCCGUCUUUGGGAAGUCCUUGAGAUGCAUGAAGAUACUGAUUGAGGCUGGUGCUGAUCUGAAUGCUCGUGGCAAGUCUGGACCAACUCCUUUAACGCAAGCAGUUGAUGAUGGCUUCACCGACUUUAUCAAGUUGCUCCUAGAGGCUGGAGCCGACCCUAACAUUCCUAGCGAGCAUGGUGCAAUUCCAGUCGAGAUAGCAGCAGUUCAUGGUCGACGUGACCUUGUUGAAGUUCUAUUUUCUAAGACCAAACCAGUUCCAUCUCUGCCAGAUUGGAGUGUUGAUGGGAUAAUUAGAACCGUGAAUUCUCCGGACAUUCCUCUUCAGGCCGCAGUUUCUGUGGAAGAAAAAAUUACUUAUUGGAAGUCACAAGGAAAAGAAGCAUUUGCAAAGGAGGACUACUUUACAGCAAUGUCCUUUUAUGGCAAGGUACUUGAUGUAAACCCAUCUGAUGCAACCAUGUAUGCCAACCAGAGCCUCUGCUGGCUGCGUAUGAGACAUGGGGAACUAGCUCUGGAAGAUGCCCGCAAGUGCAGAACGAUGCGUCCCUGUUGGUCCAAGGCCUGGUAUCGUGAAGGUGCAGCCCUCAGCUUCAUGAAGGAUUAUGAAGGUGCCGCCGAUGCAUUCCAGGUGGCGUUACAGCUGGACCCCAAAAGUCAAGAGAUUAGGGAAGCGCUGAGGAAUGCGGAGAAGGCUGCAGAGGAGCCGCAGAGUCUCUAGUGCAACAAAAAGCUCUCUACCUUGUUUCCUCGCACAUUUCUGAUUCAGCGGUACUACCCUACUAAGUCGGUAGGACUGCUUGUAUGCUGGAAUGUGUCCCGCUGGCAAGGUAGCGAGUUUCAAACUCUGCUCGAUCAGAUGUCUUCAUUUUGGCAGGUUAGGGCAAUGAGACCCCGUGUUAGGUUCCAGGUAGUGUGUUGUGUUGUACAAUGUUAGGGUCGCUGGAACAUUUUCUACAUUUUGCAUCUGGGAACGAUGGUAGCUAAAGUGAAGAAUGACUGGCUAGUGCUAUGUUGCAGAGGAAGAGAAGUGUUUCCGUUUCAGCGAGAUGGUACCUUGCUGCAGGA